ACACCUCACUUCCUCAGUCACUCACUCUUCAUUUCGGUUUGAAACCCUACAAACAAUCUUUGCGUGUUCAAUGCCUUAUAAACCGUCAUAGUGAAACCCUUCUCUUUGUUACAUUCUCAUCCUUCUUCUUUUUCGGAGAAACCCUUCAAAUUCUUCUUCUUUUUCGGAGAAACCUUUCAAAUCCUUCUGAACACCAUGAUAGGAGAUUUUCAAAACAAUUAUAGAAGUGGUUGGGAUGUUAUGCCGUUCAAUCAUGAUAUGCCAUUCAAUGAUUUCAGUCUGGAAUCAUUGAACUUGAACUUUGAUUACCAAAUUCCUCACGAUAUGGGUUUUGCUGAUGAUAGGCCCUCAUCACAUCACACAUCAGCACACUAUGCUGAUAACAGACACUUGCAACAUCGAAGGGGUCACCACUAUGCUGAUGAUAGGCCCUCAUCACAUCAGACAUCAGCAGACUAUUCUGAUAACAAACGCUUAGAACAUCGAAAGCCGGCACACUAUGUUGAUAAGAGGCAGUUACCUGAUCAAAUGCCGGGACACUACAGUGAUAAGAGGCCUUUGCCGCAUCAAAAGCCCAAAGGUUUUGCUGGUAAAAGGAACUUACCACGUCAACCACCAGAAGACUUUGCUGAUAAAAGGUCCUUGCCACAUCAAAAGCCGGAAGAAUAUGCCGAUAACAAGUGCUUACCACAUCGAGCGCCAAAACCCUAUUCUGAUAAGAAGCGCUUACCUCAACAAAGACCAAAAGACUUUGCUGAUAAGAAGUGCUUACCGCAUCAAACACCGGGGCCAACUAUUCCUGCGUUAGCCCCAGUACAACGUCGGCAGUCAAAUAUAGUACGCUGUAAAAUUUGUCAUGUUACGAUGGAUCACAAAUGUUUGGAAGAACAUCAUAAUGGAAAGAAACAUCGAAUGAAAUUAGAAGAACUACAUGAGCAAUCAACGGAACGUAGUGUUCCAAAUGGACGAGAUAGUAGACUAUUUCCAAAUUCUUCUGGAAUGAAUCCGGUAGUUCAACCUAUGAAAGUCGCAGAAUCUAAGAAAAAUGGGCACCCUGUAAAAAAUGUGUGUCGUGAAGCUCCUAGAUUCAGCAACAAGGAAGUUCCAGCGGUAGAUUCUAAAUUGAAAUCUGGGGAUUAUGCUGGUGCUAAGGAUCUCGAUUUCAAGGUUGAAAAUGUGCGUCCUAGUUUCAAGCAGAAGAAUGUUCUGGCUGAAAGUUCUAAAAGGAAACUUGGGGAUAACACUGGUCCAAAGGAUCGUGGUUUCAAGGUGGGAAAUGUGCGUCCUAGUUUAAAGCAGAAGAAUGUUCUGGCUGAAAGUUCUACAAGGAAACUUUGGGAUAACACUGGUCCAAAGGAUUGUGGUUUAAAGGGAGAAAAUGUGAAAAAUGAAGCUCCUAUUUUAAAGCACAAGAAUGUUCCAGCUGAAAGGUCUAAACGGAAACUUAUGGAUAACACUGGUGCAAAGGAUGAUGGUUCCAAGCUUGAUAUUAGGGGAGCCGUAGGAGAUAAAUACAUGAAGAUGGAUAAUGGGGUAAGAAAACCCGUGAAAUCAUCAAAACCCGAGGCCAAUGCUAAGUCAGGUUCAGUCAAAUCUCUAGUCCAAAGACCUGGAUUAAAAUCAUCAAAACCCGAGGUCAAUGCUAAGUCAAGUUCAGUCAAAUCUCUAGUCCAAAAACCUGGAUUAAAACAACCAUCAGGGUGUGUGGCUUCACCUAAAAUGACACCAAUCCCUGUUGAAGGAUCUAGUUUCGAAAUACAGUCUCGACAUGUCUCGGCCUCACUGUCUCAAGAGUCUAAAGGCAAUGAACAUCACAAGUUUCAAAAUAUUGUGGAAAAGAAUGAUCAGCCACAAUUGGUGAAUGCCUCAACAGGCUCUAAUAUGACACACACUGCUGGUUCUAUGACUAACAACCAAACAGAAGUUGUGAAUUCUGAUUUUGCAGCAAUCAAAGUUGUUACAGAACCACUUGCAUCCGCACCGACAGAUGCAUCAGUGUCAAGUGUUGAACUCCUAACUGAACAUGGUCUACAUACUGCAGUUGAACCUCAAGUAUCGGAAGCUGCAGUGGAGAUUGAUGCUCCUGCGGAUGUUAGUACUGAAACUGAAGCUGCAGACGAAAGUUCUCAAUCGGAAGUGGAGAUGGAUGUUCUCGUCACCGUGUCAGAGACAACUAAGUUGCCUCAGAUACCUGUCUGUCUUACAUGUGGCGAUGUAGGCUUUGAAGAGACGUUGGUGUAUUGCAACAAAUGUAAAGCUUGCGCACUGCAUAGGUAUUGUUUAGACGGGCCUGUAAUUUUUACGGAUGAGGUUAUUUGGUUUUGCGAGGACUGCGAAACAGAUGUAGUAGUCAUAAAUGACUCUGAUAGUGAGUCGACAGAUUCAGACAAUGAGACUACAGAUUCAGAUAUUGAGAUAAUUGAUUCAGAAAAAGGUGAAGUCGAUUCCAGCAAAGGAUGUGCAACUGCUGUUACUAUUGCUGAUCCACAACCUAUUUCUGAUCCAAUCUGGAGGGGAAGUUUGCUGGUUCUCAACAAAAGCUUUGACAAAAUCAUCACUGGAUUAUUGUGCCACUUGUCCACUUUAGCAUGUCCUAAAGUUCUCGAGGAAACAAAACAUCUACCUAAUGUGCUUGAUGCAGACAUGAUUCAAAGAGAAGCUGUGUGGCCAAAGAGUUUCUGGAAAUUUGGAACGAAUAAUCUAAGCAUUGGCCUUUAUUUCUUCCCUCAGAAUGAAAGGGAUGAAAGAUAUUUUGACCAGCUAGUUGAUGAAAUGAUUUCCAAUGACCUUGCCAUGAGAGCUAGGGUUGAAAAAGCUGAGCUUUUAAUAUUUCCUUCUACCAUGCUCCCAAGCAAAUACAAGAGGUUUCAAUCAAAGUAUUACUUGUGGGGAGUUUAUAGAAGAAAUCAAGUACCAACUAAGAUACAUGAUGAUGCUAGUUCAAGAAAUGAAUAGUCUUAAUGCAUAGUACUACUAAUGUGUACUUUUUUAGUUUGAAAUUUAACCGUUCGAUCUUUGAUCCAACAUCUUGAAUACGUGUAAUCUGACUGCUUUGGAUGUGGAUCUUUUUUGGCAAGUAUAUAUUAAGAAUUUUAUGAUGAUUAAA